AUGAAGGCUCUGCUCUGCCGACUGGAGUGUGACCAGGAGGUGAUGGCUAUGGAGCGUAAGUGUGGCUGGGACAUGCUGCUGUGUGCUCACACCCAGCACUAUGCCGUGGGUCUGCUGGCCAGAGAGAUGCGCCGUGUCUCCCUCUCCUUGUGUUCUGGGAUUGCUCUGCGCCUGCUUGGGCUGCUCAGCAGGGAGGAGCCACACUGGGAUCUGCCUGGCCUGGUGUUCCUUGUGGAGGUCCUCGAGUGGCUGGACUUGAGGGAAUGUGCUGACAGCAUCCUGGAGAUCAUGUCAAGGCACCUGAGGAACGAGUGCAGGGAGAGGCGUCGCCUGGCGCUCAGAGGCCUCGUGGUGCUCAGCAAGGAUCCCUCGAUGGAGAGGAACUCUGUCUCAGGCCUUCUGGAGCCUCAGGCCAGGAGAAUGGGCACUCUGUCUCCAAGCCUUCUGGAGCUGCUGGGUGAUGCAGACGGAGAGCUGGUCGGCAAGACGCUCUCUGUGUUCACUAAUUUGCUCAAGAGCAAAGACAUGCUGGUAUCCAGCACCACUGCCCCGAAGCUGGCUGAGGCUCUCCUGCUGCUCUUCAACCACGACAUCAGCCAUGUGCAGCUGCUCUCCCUUGACCUCUUCUUCAAGGUGAUGGAUUUGGUAGCAGAGGAGGGAAAAAAGCCUCUUAAGUCAGUGGUGUGCCAGAGCCUUCCUGCACUCUUCUUCCACUGCCACGAUGAGAAUCAGCGUGUGGCCGAGGCUUCUCGGGAAAUGCUGCAUUGUGCGGCCGGGUUCCUGAAGAGGAGGGAUCUCAAAGAGCUGGUGGAGGCAGAGAAGCUGUUGGCGUUUGCCGAGGUGUUGCCCUUGAACUCCUGA